CGGCCAAAAUCAAGAAAUCAGCAAUACAGAAGAAUUGUAUCACUGUAUUUCGCUCUUAUUUCAUUUUAGGUUUUUUCAGCAGAAAAUAGAAAGAAAAAUGGAAGGUAAAUAUGUAUCAACUCAUCCAGAAGUUCCAGGUGAACCAACGAAGACAGGAACAGCAAUUCUUGAAACUGCAACUGCUACAAUUCAAGGCUUUGGUCCUAUCAACAAGAUUCAUCAGCACCUUUGCGCGUUCCAUUUCUAUGGACAUGACAUGACUCGACAAGUCGAGGCGCACCACUUCUGUGGACACCAAAACGAAGAAUUCAGGCAGUGUCUCAUUUACGACAGGCCAGAUGCCGAUGGCCGGCUGAUUGGGCUCGAGUACAUUGUCUCAGAGGACCUCUUCUUAACGCUACCUGACGACGAAAAGAAAUUCUGGCAUUCCCACGAGUUCGAGGUAAAAAGUGGUGUGCUAUUCAUGCCUGGUGUUCCUGGUCCGAUUCAACGACAAGAUCUUGAAAAAGUUGCCAAAACCUAUGGCAAAGUCAUCCAUUUCUGGCAGGUAGAUAGAGGUGACACACUUCCCCUAGGAAUUCCUCAAGUUAUGAUGGCACUCACUAGAGAUGGCCAGCUCUAUGAGAAUCUUGCUCAAGAUGUGGAGAAACGUUACGGAGUAUCAUUUGCUGAAGAAAGAGAGAAGAGGGCAAAUAUGGAAGGGUUAGCUCAUGGAAUACAUCCACUUGCAAAUGCAGGAAGCAAUGGGAUUAAGACUGUGCUAAGAGAAGUUGAUUGCAAGCCUGUGGAAUCUGUUCCUAGAGUUUUUGUUUAAAGCUUUUAUGGUAGGACUAUGUAGAUAGUAUAAGUGGAUAAAGAAUAAAUGCUAGUUUUUGUAAUCAAACACUUACUAUCUAAUAGUGUAUAUCUAUGCAAACUGGUACUGCACUCUUUUGUAUGUAUAUGUUGGUUUUUUU